UGAAGAAGAAAGAUCUCAAGCAACAUGAUGGAUUCAGAAGCUCAUGAAAAGAGGUCACCAAUCUUAACAUCUUCGAAACAAGACCUGUCCCCUCACAUUGCACAUGUGGGUGAGAUGAAGCAUUACUUGUGUGGGUGCUGCGCAGCUUUCAACAACAUGGCCAUCACCUUCCCCAUCCAGAAGCUCCUCUUCCGGCAGCAGCUGUAUGGCAUCAAAACCCGGGAUGCAGUUCUUCAGUUGAGGAGUGAUGGGUUUCGAAACUUGUAUCGUGGAAUCCUCCCCCCACUGAUGCAGAAGACAACUACCCUGGCCCUCAUGUUUGGUCCGUAUGAGGAUUUAUCCUGCCUCCUCCAUAAGCAUGUUAGUGCUCUUGCAACCCGUAGCGUGGCUGCGGUGCUUGCAGGGACCACAGAAGCCGUUUUCACUCCAUUGGAAAGAGUUCAGACAUUGCUUCAAGACCACAGGCAUCAUGACAAAUUCACAAACACUUACCAGGCUUUCAGGGCACUGAAAUGCCAUGGAGUUAGAGAGUAUUAUCGAGGCUUGAUGCCCAUUCUUUUCCGUAAUAGGUUCAGCAUUGUCUUUUUUUUUGGCCUUCGAGGACCCAUCAAGGAGCACCUGCCCACUGCAAGGAUUGAACCCAGGGCUUCGUACAUC